AUGAGCUGUCGCCUGCAGAGCUCCUCCGCCAGCUAUGGAGGUGGUUUUGGGGGUGGCUCCUGCCAGCUGGGAGGAGGCCGCAGUAUCUCUGCCUGUUCAACCCGCUUUGUCUCUGGGGCAUCAGCUGGGGGCUACGGGGGCAGCAUGAGCUACGGCUUCGGUGGAGGGGCUGGUAGUGGUUUUGGGGGCGGCUUUGGAGGUGGCUUUGGAGGUGGCUUUGGUGGGGGUUUCGGCGGUGGCUUUGGUGACCACAGUGGUGGCGAUGGCAGCCUCCUCUCCGGCAACGAGAAGUUCACCAUGCAGAACCUCAACGACCGCCUGGCCUCCUACCUGGACAAGGUGCGCGCCCUGGAGGAGGCCAAUACUGAGCUGGAGGUGAAGAUCCGAGACUGGCACCUGAAGCAGAGCCCCAGCAGCCCCGAGCGGGACUACAGCCCCUACUUCAAGACCAUCGAGGAGCUGCGGGACAAGAUCCUGGCGGCCACCAUCGACAACAACCAGGUCAUUCUGGAGAUUGACAACGCCCGGCUGGCUGCGGACGACUUCAGGCUCAAGUAUGAGAAUGAGCUGACCCUGCGCCAGAGCGUGGAGGCCGACAUCAACGGCCUGCGCCGGGUGCUGGACGAGCUGACCCUGUCCAAGGCCGACCUGGAGAUGCAGAUCGAGAGCCUGAAGGAGGAGCUGGCCUACCUGAAGAAGAACCAUGAGGAGGAGAUGAAGGAGUUCAGCAGCCAGGUGGUAGGUCAGGUCAACGUGGAGAUGGACGCAACCCCCGGCAUUGACCUGACCCGCGUGCUGGCCGAGAUGAGGGAACAGUACGAGGCUAUGGCGGAGAAGAACCGGCGGGACGCCGAGGAAUGGUUCCACGGCAAGAGUGCAGAGCUGAGCAAGGAGGUGUCCUCUAGCACCGCCAUGAUCCAGACCAGCAAGACGGAGAUCACGGAGCUGAGGCACACGCUCCAGGCCCUGGAGAUCGAGCUGCAGUCCCAGCUCAGCAUGAAAGCCGGGCUGGAGAGCACGGUGGCGGAGACUGAGUGCCGCUACGCCAUGCAGCUGCAGCAGAUCCAGGGGCUCAUCAGCGGCCUGGAGGCUCAGCUGAGCGAGCUCCGUAGUGAGAUGGAGUGCCAGAACCAGGAGUACAAGACUCUGCUGGACAUCAAGACGCGGCUGGAGCAGGAGAUCGCCACCUACCGCAGCCUGCUGGAGGGCCAGGAUGCCAGGAUGACUGACAUACCCUCCUCGGGAGGAAGCACCAGCACCGCGGUCACCACCACCACCUCCACUUUGGGUCGCCGCACUUCAGACACCCCAUCCAGAGGAGAGAGCUGA